AUGAGUGCUGUAAAGAUUGAAGAGGCUUCCAUGGGCUUGCUAACACCUGAUCUCAUUACUACAGACAGCCUGCAAGAUGUAGAAAUAGGUAAAAAGCUCCAAGGAAAAUGUCUGAGAAUCAUCUUCACUGAGUCUCCUGUUAAGCUUUACUGCUGUUAUGGCGUGAUCAUGGUCCUCUCUGCAGCUGUAAUUUCACUUUCUGUUGCUUUGUCAUCAUCAGAAAAGAAAGAAAAUAUGGAGACAUGUGAUUGUUAUGCCACCUGCCCAAGAGACUGGAUUGGAUUAGGAAGUAAAUGUUUUUAUUUUUCUGAAGACAUGAGAAACUGGGCAUUCAGCCAGACCGCCUGUUUGGAACUAGAGGCCCAUCUAGCUGUAUUUGAGAGCCUAGAGGAGCUGAAUUUCCUGAGGAGAUACAAGGGGGCUUCUGACCAUUGGAUCGGCCUUCACAGAGAGUCAUCAGAACACACUUGGAUGUGGACAGACAACACUGAAUAUAACAACUUGGUUCCCAUCCGAGGAAAAGGAGAAUGUGGCUACCUGAGUGACAUGGGGAUCAGCAGUGCAAGGGAGCAUGCACCCAGGAAGUGGAUUUGUAGCAAGUUCAACAAACAUGUUUCACAGGUCCAAAGAUUUUAA